AUGCCGGGUGCCGGGACGCGCGUGGCGGGCUCGUCCUCGCGGCGGCAGCCUGAAUCACGUCGUCGUUUACUACGCAUUGGCCUUGGACUUUGCCCGCGACUUGGACUUGGACUUGGACUUGGACUUUUUGCGCGACUUGGACCGCCUCGCCGCCUCGACAAGGAGGGUGGCGAGGAGGUUGGAGACGGCGUGGGUGGCGUUGGUGCGGAAAACGAUCUCGCCCGGCUGCCACUUGUCAAAGUCGAGCUUGAUCUCCGAGUGGUCGCGCUUGAACUGCUUGAGCUGCGAGAACGAGUGCUCCCAGAGGAUAGUGUCCUCGGUCUCGAUCUCGAGCUCAAGGUCCAUGUGGAAGAGCGGCGAGGCCGCCGGGCGCGAGGCCGAGGCGUCGGCGUCGGCCUUGCGACGCAUGGCGAGUCGUGUCGGCGAGAGGACAACGAGCUCGACAGGCGAGUCGGCCUUGCCGGACUGGACAAGGAAUCCCGGAAAGGCAAUCUCACCGUCGUUCUCCAGCGUCGUCGUCAGGGCCUUGCGUGA